AUGCCUCUUCCCGGUGUGUGUCUCAACAUAAUGGAAGCUCGUAAUAAGCAAAAAGGUUACGGCACCUUCGACAACCCCGACAACUUCCUCAACCAAGACUACAAGCAGCUGAAAGAGUACUGCGUCAUCCGAGGAGUGAGGUACAUCGACGACAUGUUCCCCCCCGACUGCAUCUCCCUCGGCGAGGGGAUCCUGAACACCUCUGACAUGGCCCGCGUGGAGUGGCUGAGGCCGAUGAAAAUUGCUCCGGAUCCACAGUUCGUACUUGACGGCGUCUCAAGGUUUGACUUUGGUCAAGGAAUACUUGGAGACUGCUGGUUUCUUGCGUCUAUCGGAUCUCUGACAUUCCAGCAAGAUAUCCUUGAAAAAGUUCUCCCCAUUGAGCAAACAUUUAAUGAAAAAUACUGCGGGAUUUUCCACUUCAGGUUCUGGAGAUUUGGAAAAUGGGUGGAUGUCGUCAUUGAUGACAAGUUACCAACAAUCAACGGGAGACUAAUCUUCGUUUACUCCAAAGACCAAAAUGAGUUCUGGCCCGCGUUGCUGGAGAAAGCCUACGCCAAAGUGUGCGGCUCCUACGCCGACAUGAUUUCCGGGACUCCUGCAGAGGCCAUGAUGGACUUCACGGGAGGAGUUCACAUGUGCAUCCAGCUGUCGGACGCCCCGGCCAACCUGUGGGAGCUGAUGUGCAGAGCGGGCCAGACCUCAUCUCUGAUGGGCUGCGGUACACCUCAAGGGGAGACAUCCGCCAACAACAUUUUGGCUAACGGAUUGGUCCAAGGCCACGCCUACACGGUCACGGGUGUGAAACAGAUUAUGAGCCGAGGGAAGCAACAGAACCUGGUGCGUCUGUGGAACCCCUGGGGCAAAGGAGAGUGGACCGGAGACUGGAGUGACGGGUCACCUCUGUGGCAAACCCUGAGCGCCAACGACCGGGACCUGUGCCUUUCAGUUGCCGACGAUGGAGAGUUUUGGAUGAACCUGGAGGACUUCUGUAUGUUCUACACCGAUCUGGACAUCUGCGCCACAUGUCCCGACUUCCUCGAUGAGAAGUCCUCUCAGUGGAAGACCACCGUCCACGAGGGCCGAUGGGUCGCAGGAACGACGGCCGGCGGAUGCUUUAACAACAGAGACAGCUACUGGACUAAUCCCCAGUAUCGAGUCAAGCUCACCGGUGAAUAUUCGGGGAAAGACAGCGAUAAAAAUGUGCUGUUGUCGCUCAUGCAAAAGCCCGACAAGAGGAACAGACACAUGACCGAAAACCUCCACAUUGGAAUCUCUGUAUUUGAGGUGAAGGAACAGCACAAGGCGCAGAAGGGCAAGUUCCCGGCAUCGUUCUUCAACCAGUUAGCCGUUGCCCAAACUAAAACCUACAUGAACGCACGCGAGUUGACGGAGUACUUCUCGCUGAAGCCUGGCGAGUACCUGAUCGUGCCGUCCACCUUCAAAUCCAACGAUACGGCCUCCUUCUUACUGACCAUCAUCACCAAGUCGGAGACUCAGAGCUAUGAGAAUUACGGUCAACACAACGAAGAGCCAGUUCAGACGGUCAAAAAGACCAAAAAUGUGCAAGAAGACGAGAAGAAGAAAAAGUUUUUCCGCCAGAACUCCGACAAGUAUGAAGAAGUGGAUGCCGAGCAGCUCCAGAAGCUUCUCAAUGAAAACAUCCUGAAAGGAGACUUGAAAUCUGGGGGCUUCAGCCUUGAUGCCUGCCGCAGCAUGGUUGCUCUGAUGGAUACAUCCAUCUCCGGCAAACUGAAUGGGGAGGAAUUUGUUCGUCUGUGGAAGAAGGUUGCAGAGUACAAGGACAUUUUCUUCCUGACUGACGUUUCACUGACUGGAACUCUGUCACUGAAUGAGCUGAGGAAUGCUUUCGAAGCUUCAGGGAUGAGGAUCAAGGACGACAUGCUCAGCUUGAUGGCGCUGCGCUACGGCGCCUCCUCUGGGCAGGUGACCCUGGAGAAUUUCAUCAGUCUCAUCCUUCGCCUGGACUGCAUGUACAAAAUCUAUAAACAAUUGUCUGAUGGAAAAGACAUGCAACUUCGAGAGUCCGAGUGGAUGUACAUUUCAAUGUACACUUAAAUCAACAAGGAAGAUGGACGGCACGAUUCACCUGGAAAUACAGGAGUAGAAAC